CCUUAAAAAUGCCAGUCCGCACUCUCCACUCUCUAGAGUAAAAUAGCAAGAUACAAUGGCGAGCAUGGCUGCGAUCGGUGCUUUGAGGUUGCCUUCUACCACGUCCUGCAAUGCUUCUUCCAGUUCUUCGAGCUGUAAAUCCGCGGCUCCUCGGAGCUUGUCCUUCUCGGCUUCUGCUCUUUCUGGUGACAAGGUUGUUUCCAAAACGGUUUCUGGUUCCCGCCAAACGGAACGCACUCCUUCAAUCGUUUCGCCCAAAGCCGUUUCGGAUUCCAAGAAUUCGCAGACAUGUCUUGACCCCGACGCUAGUCGAAGUGUUUUGGGAAUUAUUUUGGGAGGUGGAGCAGGGACAAGGCUUUACCCACUAACAAAGAAGAGAGCAAAGCCAGCUGUUCCAUUAGGAGCAAAUUAUAGGCUAAUUGAUAUUCCUGUUAGCAAUUGCUUGAACAGUAACAUAUCGAAAAUCUAUGUUCUGACUCAAUUCAAUUCUGCUUCUCUCAAUCGCCACCUUUCCCGUGCAUAUGCUAGUAACAUGGGUGGUUACAAGAACGAAGGGUUCGUCGAAGUUCUCGCUGCUCAGCAGAGUCCUGAGAACCCAAACUGGUUCCAGGGGACAGCGGAUGCGGUGAGGCAGUAUUUGUGGUUGUUUGAGGAGCAUAAUGUUUUGGAAUUCUUGGUUCUUGCUGGAGACCAUUUGUAUAGAAUGGAUUAUGAAAGGUUUAUUCAGGCGCAUAGAGAGACUGAUGCUGAUAUCACUGUAGCUGCAUUGCCGAUGGAUGAAAAACGGGCCUCUGCUUUUGGUCUAAUGAAGAUUGAUGAAGAAGGGCGUAUAAUUGAAUUUGCUGAGAAACCCAAAGGGGACCAACUGAAAGCUAUGCAGGUUGAUACGACAAUUUUAGGUCUGGACGAUCAGAGAGCAAAAGAGAUGCCUUACAUUGCUAGUAUGGGUAUAUAUGUUGUCAGCAAAGACGUGAUGUUGAAUCUUCUUCGAGAGAAGUUUCCGGGUGCCAAUGAUUUUGGAAGUGAAGUCAUUCCAGGUGCUACCUCCAUUGGGAUGAGGGUGCAAGCUUACUUGUAUGAUGGCUACUGGGAGGACAUUGGUACCAUUGAGGCAUUUUAUAAUGCAAAUCUAGGAAUUACCAAAAAGCCAGUGCCAGAUUUCAGCUUCUAUGAUCGUUCAUCUCCAAUCUACACCCAGCCUCGGUAUCUGCCUCCAUCCAAAAUGCUUGAUGCUGAUGUCACGGACAGUGUUAUUGGUGAGGGUUGUGUUAUUAAGAACUGUAAAAUUCACCAUUCCGUUGUUGGUCUGCGAUCUUGCAUUUCAGAGGGUGCAAUCAUAGAAGAUACCUUGCUGAUGGGAGCUGAUUAUUAUGAGACUGAUGCUGACAGGAGGUUUCUGACUGCAAAGGGUAGUGUUCCAAUCGGUAUUGGAAAGAAUUCUCACAUCAAGAGAGCAAUUAUUGAUAAGAAUGCUCGAAUUGGUGACAAUGUGAAGAUCAUUAACAGCGACUGUGUGCAAGAAGCUGCAAGGGAGACGGAUGGAUAUUUCAUUAAGAGUGGGAUUGUCACAGUAAUCAAGGAUGCCUUGAUUCCAAGUGGAACUGUAAUCUGAGAAAGUUACAUGUUGAUGCUAACUAGAGCUACGGUUCCGCUAGUUUUUCUUGAGAAAGUACUGCAAUAGCAUAUUACUUUCACUUUCCUUCAGUUAAUCUCUUUCUCGGAUACGGUGUAUAUUUGAGGUAGUAUAAUGUACUAAAUAGGGAGAGGACCUGCGAACGAUGUGUAAAGGUUGUGUUCUGCUCAACUAAAAACUUUUGUCUAUAGUUGUCUGCAAUUUUAGGGUU